AUGGCACCUUUUGAGGCUUUGCAUGAAAGGUCAUGUCAAUCACCUGCUUAUUGGAUGGAGAUAGGAGAUGCACUGUUACUAGGGCUAAAAUUGGUAAGAGAGACCAUAGAGAAGGUGAACAUUAUUCAAGAGUGUAUUAAGACUGCACAGAGUCGUCAGAAGAGUUACGCUGAUAGAAAACGUAAAGGGGUUGAGUUAAAUGUUAGAGAUUUUAUGUUUUUAAAGGUCUCACUGAUGAAGGGUAUCAUGCGGUUUGGAAAGAAGGGAAAGUUGGCACUUAGAUUUGUGGGACCAUACAAGAUCACUAAGAAGAUUCACCCUUCCCAAGUAGUAUCACCAGAAGUGUUGGAGAUUAGUGACGAUCUAACGUUUGAAUCUACACCUAGGGUUUCGAUCGAGUUCAAGGUAGCAUUGGAUGGCGGGUUGGAUAUCCCUCACAGUGAUAAGAGAUUUUCUGGUUUCUUGAACGAAUCUAAGCACCUGGAUGCUGAGGUUCACCGCAAGUAUAUUUAUGGCGGGCAUGUCGCUGCAUAUAUGAAGAUUUUGAUGGAAGAUGAACCAGACAAGUAUCAGUCUCAUUUUGUUGAGUAUAUCAAGAGAGGAAUUGAGCCUGAUGGCAUUGAGGAGCUGUACAAGAAAGUUCAUGCUGCCAUCCACGCAGAUUCCAUUCAAAAGAAGUCUGAGAAGGAGCCACCUAAGCAGCACAAGAGAGAACAGGAAACAUAUUAUUGUUUUUCCCAAGAGAAUUUAAAGUGGUAAUGAGCUUUUGUUUAAAUGUUCGUUGGUGUGAUUGCACUUGUUUUGGAAACCAUUGAAUACACUGCUUGUGUUACAUUUUGGAGCC